UAUGCUAAUGAGAGAAAGGGUUAGUUAAUCACGCUGUAUUGUUUGUGUUAGAAAUGAGUUAAUUAAGUAACUGUAGUGAUAUUUGAGAGAAUAUUUAUUUAUUUAUAAUGCUUAUACACUGUGAAGUUGCCAAAGAUUUUUGUUAGCUUUUAGUUCACUGAUUACUUAUAUGCCAAUUUCUUAAGUUAACAAUGAAUUCCGAAUUGCCGGCGAAAGAAAGUGAUCCAACUCAGAUGAGAGAAGAACUUCAGUCAUGGUGGGAAAUUGCAUCUAUUGCUCAAUAUGUAUCCUUGUUUAGAUUUUCUUUCCAACUUCCUGAAAUUGAAAUAGAAGAGCUUGAGGAUGGGCUCAUAGAGGAUGCAACUGAGGAAGGCAGCUCAUGGUUAAGAAACUUCAUAGUCUCUUUGUUACGUGGCAUUUUAUCUUCCAGAGGAGUGACGUUCCUGUUUUCACCUGUUGGCAUUGGGCAUGUGGACAGCACAGGCUCUCACCUUGCCAUCUCAUCCAGGAAAGAUUUCCCUUAUGAUGCCCAUCUUCCACAUCAGCCUUGGAAUUUUAUCUUCAUGCAAUAA